AUGGGUCCUGAGUGUAAAAUACGCGGAAGCGACAGGCGGAAGGAGCUUCGACGGAAGCGGUCAGGACUGUCAAGGGAGGAAAAAAUUGCAGAAUUUGACACAAAGAGGCUAAUCCCACCAAAUAGCACCGAUCUUUCCCCCCUUUUCCUCGACACCGGCAUCCGCUGCGAUGAUCCUGUUAGAAAUCAAUAACCGCAUUAUAGAAGAGACGCUGUCGUUGAAGUUUGACGGCGCAUCCAACGGAACCAAGCCCGAGGCCGUCGAUGUGACGUUUGCAGAUUUCGAUGGCGUCUUGUACCACAUCUCCAACCCCAAUGGGGACAAGACCAAAGUGAUGGUCAGCAUCUCCCUGAAGUUCUACAAGGAGCUGCAGGAGCACGGGGCUGACGAGCUGCUCAAGAGGGUCUAUGGGAAUUUCCUCGUUUCAUCAGAGGCUGGCUACAACGUGUCCCUCCUCUACGACCUGGACGCGCUACCAGCCAAUAAAGAUGAGGUUGUCCACCAGGCGGGGAUGCUCAAGAGGAACUGCUUCGCCUCAGUGUUUGAAAAGUACUUCAAGUUCCAGGAAGAGGGGAAAGAGGGCGAGAAGAGGGCCGUGGUCCACUACAGAGACGAUGAGUCCAUGUAUCUGGAGGCCAAGAAAGACCGCGUGACCGUGGUGUUCAGCACAGUGUUCAAAGACGACGACGACGUCAUCAUCGGCAAAGUUUUCAUGCAGGAGUUCAAAGAGGGUCGGCGGGCCAGCCACACAGCCCCCCAGGUGCUGUUCAGCCACAGGGAGCCCCCACUGGAGCUGAAGGACACAGACGCCGCUGUCGGGGACAACAUUGGAUACAUCACUUUCGUUUUGUUCCCACGUCACACCAACGCCAAUGCCAGAGACAACACCAUCAACCUCAUCCACACCUUCAGGGACUACCUGCACUACCACAUAAAGUGCUCCAAGGCCUACAUUCACACACGCAUGAGGGCCAAGACGUCAGAAUUCCUCAAGGUGCUGAACCGCGCUCGACCCGACGCCGAGAAGAAAGAGAUGAAGACCAUGUCUGGAAAGACCUUCUCCCGCUGAGGCUGACCCCUCCCCCCCCCCCCCACCACCACCACCAGAGAAAUUCAAUCCCCCUUGGACAUGCCCAAACGCGCUACACUGAGACUCAACGCCACAUUGGACAGGACUCCAGGACGCCUCUAAAUGCCCCCGCCCAGCCCCAAAUACCAGUCCAGUCUUUUUCCUUUCCUUUUUUUUUUUUAUUUUUAAUGAAUAAUAAUGUUGGCUCUACUUCGGGAAAGCCCAGGCUCAAGAAAAAUGGAAAGAAAUGGCAUUCCUUGCUUUGCAUAGUUAAAGAGAAUUAUUAGUCCUAUAUAAAUAUAUAUAUGAGAAAAAAAAAAUUGAAAUUUUUGAUACGAUAUCUUUUACUCCAUUUGGUACUCUUGCUUGCCCCUCAACCCUCACCAUGCAAUAUCCAUGUAUUGGAUGAUUUCAAUCCCCCCCCCCCCCCUUUCAUCCCUCUCUGUGCUUUCAUGUCGUCUGUACCAUUGUCAUUUAAAAAAAA